UCACACAUGGUCUAUGAGACAGAGAAUCACGAGAUUCAAUACUGCUUUCCUACCAUCAACUCAUCAUGUAUCAAGGGAAAACGCUUAAGGCAUGAAUACAAUAUGAUUUAUCUCUUCAUAUCAUUGCUGUCAGCAUGGACAGUUUUUCUAAACCUUCUGGUGAUCAUCUCCAUCUCUCACUUCAAGAAGCUUCACACUCCAACCAACCUGCUUAUUCUGUCUCUGGCUGUGGCUGACCUGCUUACCGGACUCAUUUUGAUACCCAUAGAGGGCAUCAAGCAAACUGAGACAUGUUGGUACUUUGGAGACACUUACUGUGGACUGUUUGUAAUUGCUGUUAGGUUGCUCCUUUCUACAUCUGUUAGUAAUUUAGUUUUAAUUGCUGUUGAUCGUUAUGUGGCUGUGUGUCACCCUUUAGUGUACCCACAGAAAAUAACAACUACAAAAACUUUAAUAAGCAUCUGUCUCUGCUGGUUUCUCUGUUCUGUUUAUAAUAUUGGGAAUGUAAUUAGUAGUGCAUACUUUAACAUCUCACAAAAAACACUGUGUUACGGCCAGUGUAUUGUUAUGAUUAGUCCUGCUUGGACAUUCACUGAUUUGACUUUUUUCUUCCUAUUUCCUUGUGUUGUGAUCAUCACUGUGUAUCUAAGGAUAUUUUAUGUUGUGCAAUGGCAAGUGAAAGUUAUAAACUCUCUGACAAAGGGUGGUAAAUGUGUAAUGGAAGUUUCAGUGAAGAGGAAAUCUGAGAGUAAAGCUGCUCUCACAUUAGGAAUCAUUGUGGCAGUUUAUCUGAUUUGCUGGAUUCCUUUCAAUAUCUGUUCUCUAACAAAAAACACAGCAAUCUCUUCUACUACAAUGACAUUUCUAAUUUGGACUUUGUAUGUUAGUUGUGGUCUUAAUCCUCUAAUUUACGCCUUGUUUUACCGCUGGUUUAAAAUAUCAAUUAAACAUAUUCUAACUCUUAGAAUAUUUCAGCCAGCAUCCUCUCUGAUGGACAUUUUUACAGAUUGUCAUUAA